GGUUUGCAGAGUGUGACACAAAGCCUCUGUUCUCAGUGAUUUUCAGCGUAUAUUUUGUUUCAUCUUAGGGGUUGAAUCCAUCCUCCGAAAGAAGAGACGAUACUUUUUUUUUUGCCUGACUGUCUCCUCGCAUCUAUCGCUGCUAGCUAGUGUGAAAGGAGCUAAUAUCUGGACAGCGUUGAGUCAAAUUGGAGCUAAUACGCCAGCUUCGGGUCGAAAAGCAUCAGUGGUGCUGGUUUGACGGUAAAUUUGUGAUUAAAGGAGCUCAGACGCCGGUAUAUUAAGUCUUACGAGGGCUCAUAGGCUCGCAUGAAAACGAAGUAGCUGUGGGCUAAUGUUAUACUGCUCGCUAGAUGGUUUGUAUCUGCUCACUGCCACGGAGCCGUGUAGCUGUCCACGUCUAGUCUCGUCUGCUGUGUUUAACGUCGCCAGCUGAGCUAGGCCACGUCCCUGCGGGCGUAUUUCAGCUACUGACAUUGGACGAAUUGCAGAGAAGAUGCCCAGUGUGCGGAAGGAGGAAGGAGAGUAAAGAUCAGAAGAAAUGUGACAAGUCUUGAGCAUACAUGACUCUCUCUGUCCGUAGUGGUGGUUGCAUUUCUUGAGCGGUUGCCGCAUAUAUCCGACAUGUCACGUAGACGGAUGCUUUUUGCUCCGGGAGAUCAGUAGGUUGCAGUAACAACCUCAAGUAACGUUGUCAUUUUCUUUGUGUGUGUGUGUGCGUGUGUGUGUGUGAAAUGGUUGGUUUUGGUGCAAACCGACGGGGAGGCCGCCUCCCGUCCUUUAUCCUCAUCUUCUUGAUGGUGAUCAUCGCCAUACUGUCAUUCAACUACUGGACAGUGUCCAACAAGCACGGCCGCUUGCUGGAUGAGCUGGCCGAGGUACAGACACAGGUGAAGCGCACGGACGCCGCACGGAGCCGGCUGGAGAAGAGGAACUCAGAGCUGAUGGUGCAGGUGGACACGCACAGGAAGCAGAUAGACCAGAAGGAUGGAGACUACAACGUCCUGGAGGGCAAGCUGCAGGCCCGAGAGGGGCUCAUCAAAAAGUGCACUGAUGAUAAGAUGAAGCUGCAGAAUGAUGUCACAGCCCAAAUGACAGAAAUCCAGAGGCUGAAAGAACAGCUAAAGGAUAUGAAGCAGGAGUUCUUGAAACAGGAAGAGCAGCUAAGAGAGGUGAAGAAAAAUAGCACUACCUUGGAGAGGAAGCUGGAGUAUGAAAGUUUACAGUGUGGACGUCAGAUUGCACAAUUAAAAAACGAGUAUGAAGAAACAAAGAAGACCCUGGAGGAAGAAGCCUCAAAGCUAAGACAGAGUGUAAUGGAUGGACAAAAGGGUGCAGCAACAGGAAGACAUGCAGAUGGAGCUCCUGGUUUGGAAUUGGCUGGAGAGCGCCAUACUGUGGCUACUCACCGGCAUGACAGUCCAGAUUUAAAAGAAGAGAUGGGUAAGCCUGGCAGUGAUGCUGGCAUGCCUGGUAUUGAAGACAGUGAGGUGGGAAAAAUCGAUGAUGUGCAAUUUGCCUUAAAGAAACCAGCCAUCACUCAGAAGCAUGAUGAGGCCCCUGAUGUGGUUGUGGGCGCUGGUGCUGGACCUGGAGUCGGGGCAGCUGACGGUCCUGGGGGCCAGGGUCUGUCUCUAGACCAGCCCAGGCUCCAGCAGGACAGAGUGGAGGGCCGAGCAGCAUUGCUUGCACCUCCAAGUGUGAACAAACAGGCAGACAAACCAAUAGUCUUUGAAGAAGACAACAAGGCAGGUAUCAAGGCAGACGAGCUGGGAGAACAACAAAGACAACUUCAAGCUCCUGAUAAUGCCAAGGGUGAUGGUGAACACUUGAAGGGGAUUCCACUGCCACCCAACCCUGCCCAGGUACCUAACCCCAUCCAGCCUCAUCACGCCAAAGACCCAGCAGAGCAAGCACAUCACCGCCAAAGCCGGUUCUUUGAUGAGAACGAGUCCCCAGUAGAUCCGCAACACGGCUCUAAGCUAGCGGACUACAAUGGGGAUGAUGGGAACGUGGGUGAGUAUGAGGCCGACAAGCAGGCCGAGCUGGCCUACAAUGAGGAAGAGGAUGGUGAUGGUGGGGAGGAAGACGUUCAAGAUGAUGAUGACCGAGACAUGCAGGGAGAUCGGGCUGUGGAUUAUGGGAAAAGACAUCAAGCCAUUGACAUUCUCUGAAUGGGACCUCGUACAGCUGUAUCUCAUUAAAAUAUUCAGACCUUCCUCUACAACCAAGCUCUUAAAACAUCAACAUGUUGAUGAAUUUAUAGGGUGCAUCCUCAAUGUCAUGGACUACUUUGAAAAAAGAGACAUUGCAACUAAUGAAUUAGAAUAACAUAACAAUACAAGAAAACCAUGGCAUUAUCCUGAGCUGCUGUUGAUUUGCUAAUGGUCCUAAAUUAUGACAGUUGAAAUGAUGUACUGUACAUUGACUGUUUAGUUUUGUUAUUGGAUUAUCGACUGGCUCGGUUCAUAACAGUGGUCUGAUAAUACCCUGUUGACACAUCUGAACUUCAAGGUCAAUCUGUUUUUGUUUUUGGUACUUUUCUUUUCAGGUUUCUCUUGCUUGAUAUAAACAAACUCUUCACCUGA